AUGGAUGAUACUGUUGAGCACAAUAACACUUCUUUAGAUGAAGUAUCCUUCACGAGCUUAACCGAUUCCUUACAAAGCUCAUUAGUAAUGGAUUAUAACUCACUAGAGAAGGCCUUCAAAUUAUCAUCACCAUAUUGUUCCCCUUUCCAACCGAUUUCACAGUCCAAUAUGGGCCAAAUAGUGAAUUACCCUUACUUACAUCUCAAUCCGAAUUCUCCAAUUGUCUCUUCUUCCUCCAAUGAAGCCGACCCUAAAGAGAACCUCGGCGAUAAGAGUGUCCCAAUGGAGGAUAACGAAGAAGACCAACAUGGUAUUGGUUAUGAAAGCUCCAAGCAAUUGACAAAACAAGGCAAAGGGAAAGGAGAGAAGAAAGAAAGAGAAGCUAGGGUUGCCUUUAUGACCAAGAGCGAGGUUGAUCAUCUUGAAGAUGGUUAUAGAUGGAGAAAAUAUGGACAAAAAGCCGUCAAGAACAGUCCUUAUCCAAGGAGUUACUAUAGAUGCACAACGCAGAAAUGUAACGUGAAGAAACGCGUAGAGAGAUCGUUUCAGGAUCCGUCGAUCGUAGUUACAACCUACGAAGGAAAACACAACCAUCCGAUCCCAUCGACGUUGAGAGGUCCCUUGGCCGCCGAACAUCUACUAAGCCACCGUGGAAGCGGUCUCUUCCACAGCUUCCCACGUCACCAGCAAGAGUUUCUCAUGAUGAAUCAUCCUCCGGUCAAUUAUCAGUCGGUGGGAUCUAUAUCGUACGAACAGAGCCACCUUAACUCGAGUUAUAAUAAUAGCAAUCAUCAGCAACAAGUUGUUGAUUAUGGUCUUCUUCAGGACAUUGUUCCUUCAAUGUUUUUGAAGCACGAAUCUUGA